ACAAACAUGAAAGUAUGAAACACUGGUUUAUUUUCUCGUACAUACUGCUUAUUUAAUUCAUAGCCUGUCUCAUCAUAUCAGUUCAUUUCCAUCAUAUCAUCAUACAUCUUCUUCUUCCCCUUCACUGCACACAAAUUCAAAACUCUUGCAGCCUAGCUACCUAGCUAACAAUACCAUGCAAGCUAAUCAAAAGCCUAAUUUCACCCACAUGAUAAUAGCCUCUAGAGAAAAUAAUGUGCCGCCUUGGGUGGGCGAUUCCACCUUUUUUGGAAUGAGAGAGAAUAGUCCGACCACCUAUUGGCGGGGACAACGAGAUGAUGAAAUACUAGUUGAUGAUGAUGAGGAUGUAGCCUCCACUGUUCUGUCUCUUGGCCCUCCUGGCCAACAUCAUAGUAAAACAAGCCACCAAAACCCUAAGAACCAGCUGCACAAGUACGACAAUGAAUGGGGUGUCACGGUGGCAUUUCACAUGGGCCCGACGCCAUCGCCUUCACCGCUUGGAGCUACCAGCAGCAGCUCAAGCAAUUUUAGCCCGAGCGGCGGUGAUGUGGCAGCGGCAGCUACGGCUGGAGGAGGAGGGCUUUCACUUGGUCUUAGGCAGUACUGGAUUCCUACACCAGCUCAAAUCCUUGUUGGUCCCACUCAAUUCUCUUGCACUGUUUGUCACAAAACAUUCAAUCGCUUCAACAACAUGCAGAUGCAUAUGUGGGGCCAUGGCUCACAGUACAGAAAAGGGCCGGAUUCCCUAAAAGGAACAAAACCACCUUUCUCCUCCGCCUCCACCUCCACCGCCGCCGCUUCAUCGAGGUUAAGGCUGCCGUGCUAUUGCUGUGCAGAAGGAUGUAAGAACAACAUAGAGCAUCCAAGAUCAAAGCCAUUGAAGGACUUCAGAACCCUCCAAACACACUACAAGAGGAAGCAUGGUUUGAAGCACUUCUCCUGCC